ACGGAGUGGCGAUCGCGGUCACAGCCGAGUUUUUCCCAGUUCUGUGCUUAUUUUUAGGUCCUGUCCGGCAGUCGACACUUAAUUACCCACAAAUCACUGUUGAAGGAGUCCGAUUAACAGAUCCUUGGACUCAGUCAUUGGCGGAAGUUGGAUGCAGGACACUCGGCCUUCGCUCGAAGAGUCCGUCAGUAGAUAGUUGGAGGAGGAUUUGAGGACAAGACGCGAUUCGAAUUGACCAGUAACCCUUCAACAUGAUCGUCAGGAAAUAGCCAUCAGCGUUUUUUUUUUAUUUUUUGAACGAAAAGAAAGUAACAACCGUACCCAAGCCGCAGAGGUACGCAACUAGAGCUUCGAGAGGUGAUCCAAUUCCUCGUGUGGAAAUGACAGCGACGAUGUGCAAGACGACGAGGUCGUUCCGCAUCGACGAUCUCCUUCAUCCGGAACGUGGAUCCUCCAUUCGAGACAGCGCCGUCUCGUCCAGGGAGGGUGAGAGGUCCUCCUGCAGCUCUCCGACGUCACCCGACACCCCCAUGACACCCUCAACACCACCGCGUACACCCACCAUCCCGUUUCCCAUGCAUCUCCAAGCACACUGGCCUGCGAGACCAACUCCCGUUUACGCACCGCAUAUGGACGAUCGGCGACUAUGUCUUCCCUACGACCUUCAUCCCUUCAGAGCGGUUCCACCAACCAGAUUCUGGCCGCUCUAUUCGCCCUACCAGAUCCCUUUGCAGCACAAUAUACUGGCACGACUGUCGGCCGCCCAUCACAGCAAACGCAAAGGAGGUCAGGUCCGCUUUACACCACAGCAAACUGCGGGACUUGAACGGAGAUUUGGUUCCCACAAGUACCUCAGCCCUGAGGACCGCAGGCAUCUUGCUGCGCAGUUGAAACUCACCGAUCGUCAGGUGAAGACAUGGUUCCAAAAUCGAAGAGCAAAAUGGAGACGCGCCAAUCCAACGGCGGCAAACGGUGAAGGUGGAGAAGGCUCGGGAAAUUCGCUUCAAAAUGGUACGAGCGGAGAGGCUAACGAGGAGCUGGAUGAGCCUUACGACAGCGACUGCGAAAGUCCGAUUUCGGUUACCGACUAGACGAACGUUGGAGAGCCAAUUCAGAUGCCACGAUAUCUCCGUUGAGAAUAAGACACGAGAUACGAAGGCGUGCUGAUCACACUCACCCGAAACAGACUAAUCCAUGUAUAAAUAUUCCCACCCCUAGGCGAAGUCGGACGUACGCUCAACGUUUCGGAAAGCUGCGAAUAUCAAGAUUCGAACUAUUGAAAAGUCUCGACACAAGUGGAUAGAUACUUCUACCCAAGUUUGGUAUUAACGAUGUAUCUUUACGCAGUCCCACAUUUAAGAAACCGUGACGAGUCGAUCGGGUGAUCGAUCACAGCUGGUCAACUUUGUGCCAGAAAUUAUAAUCGUGCAGUUUUGUUUAUUUGCACUUUAUACUUACAAUUGGGU